CCCAGAUCUUAUGUUCCUCCCCAGCUUCCGUGGUCUCACCACGCUCCUUCCUCCCACUCGGUGUCUUCCUUCUUUUCCACCCACAGGAGCUCAGAAACCCUCCAUAUCAGAGAUGCUAUGGCUGCUGCCCCUGCUGUGGGCAGGGUCCCUGGCUCAGAAAACAGAACUCACGCUGACAGCGCCAACGGCCGUGACAGUGCAGGAGGGCCUGUGCGUGUUUGCGCCCUGCACCUUCACCAUCCCAGAAAGGAGCUACUGGACUACUCCUCCUGCUGUGUAUGGCUACUGGUUCCCAGAAGGAGCUAAAGAACACCGGGAUGCUGUGGUGGCCACAAACAACCCGGCUCAUAAAGUGCAGGAGGGGACCCAGGGCCGAUUCCACCUCCUCGGGGAUCCCCAGACCAAAAACUGCUCCCUGGACAUCAGAGACGCCAGGAGGACAGAUGACGGAUUAUAUUAUUUUCGGGUGGAGAGGGAAAAUUACCCAAUGUUUAAAUAUUCUUACACAGAUUACAUGCUCUCCGUGCGAGUGACAGCCUUCAACCACACACCCCACAUCCUCAUCCCCGGGAACCUGGAGAGUGGUUGCCCCAGGAACCUGACCUGCUCUGUGCCCUGGGCCUGUGAGCGGGGCACGCCUCCCAUCUUCUCCUGGACGUCAGCUGCCCACAGCUCCCUGGGCCCCAGGACCCGCCUCUCCUCCGUGCUCACCCUCACCCCACGGCCCCAGGACCACGGCACCAACCUCACCUGUCAGGUGCACUUUCCUGCCGCUGGUGUGACCGUGGAGAGAACCAUCCAGCUCAACGUCACCUGUCCCUUGCAGAAUCCAACACCAGGUGGUUACCUAGGAGAUGGCACAGCCUACAUUGAUGGCCGUCUCCUCCUCAUCCUGCUGGGAUUAUUCCUGUGGCCUCAUCUCUUCCUUGGGUCCCUGAACCCACCAACCUCCAGAUGGUGCAUCCAGAGACAUAGGGUCCAUUUCCUGCACAGUUUGAACAGUGACUCCCUCUCCAUGUUCAGAGAUGAGGUGCAAACACCACAGCUGGAGUUGAGGGCUUGGCAUGGUUUGUCCCCUGCUGGAGUCUCUACUCGAUUCUACCAUCUCCCUGAAUCUCAUACCAUCUCCACUUCCAGCCUGGCCAGGGCCUUUGUGACUCUAAAACUUUGCAUGUGCAUUUCCUUCUACGGAAAUACCCUUCCCUCUCCGUUCCUACAUCUCCAAGUGCUGAUCAUUUUUUUUUGGUUCAGUUAAAAGUCACCUCAUUAUACAUGUGUGUAUGUUGUGUAAUUUUGAACAAAACAGGAUUUAGACAUUUAUUUAUAGACUCUUUAGCAAGAAUAAUUGUACACUUACUAUGUGUCAGCAUUGUUGUAGGUACUAAUGAUGCAACCAUGAACCCAUCAUCAAAAAUCUCUAUCAUCCAGAAGCUGUCAUUCUGGAGACAAGAGGAUAAAAUGUAAUAUAAAUAAAAAAUGUAGAG